CAGGGUAUUAUGUCACUGUCACGAUCAUGACAUUCGUUGUGGGGAUGAUCUGUCAAAAAAAUGCAGAUAUGUAUGUAUGUAAAUCGUUUCAGUCAAAAAAUCGAAAAUGAACGGCGUAGUUGGUUUGAUGGCUCUUCUAUUUGCGACGGUCGAAGGACAGAUCAACCAAACUUUAGUCGCAUCAUCCACGUCUCAUCCCCAUACGACUGAAGAAACAUUAACUUCUUCAAAAUCGCAUCAGCCAAUAAUCAAAUCAACGACGCCUCCAACAAUUUUGACUACAACAACACCACAAAUAUUUACCACACUUCCACCCAAACUUCUACCACAAGCGACGACAAUACCGCAAAACACAGUAAAAUCAACAUCGACAACCAUACCCCCACUUUUUACAACAAUUGUGCAGCAUCUUGUCCAGAAAAUGACCCCCUUCACAUCACCACGUCCAACAAUUCAAUCAGACUGGCCUCCUCGAAUUAUUAGAACCUUAGCAACAACCAGUCUUCCAGAUUUUCUCGAAAGACGAGCCACCUCACCGUCCCCUCAAAAUACAGAAGGCAUCCCACAUUCCCCCAUUAUUCGGGCUAAACCGAGUACCAAGAAGAAGAGUGGAAAUUCCGCAAAUUCUAAGGCGACCAAUCGAAAAGCUGCGACCAAUGCAAAAGCCUCUACCAAGAAACCCGCGAACAACAAGAAGAAAAAACCAGGAGGUAAGAAACGCGCCCCGAAUCGUGGCGGGGGACAAGUCGGCGGGAGAAAUAAUAACGCUAGAAACCAGGCUGGCGUAACUUUAACCGCCACUGUGAAACCGAAAGCGAACGGGGGAGGGAGUCAGUUGCAGGUGUCGGUUAAAAAUAACCAAAAUAAGGGACGUCAACCCAUCGUGGUGGUCGUCGUGCUGGGCGACGGGAAUAAGAAGAUUGUCAAAGCGAAGGGAAAUGUGCCAAUUAAGGUGAAACAAGGUUGAUGAAGAGGUACACAUUUUGCGGGAUUAUGACGAGGAUUUGUUAUUUAUGAUAAAAUUUAAGAAAUAAAUAAGUACUUAUUUUGGAGAAAGUAUUUGUAUUUUAUUUCAAACAUUUAGUAAAUAUUUGUAAACUUUGUAGCUUCAUCUUUAAAUUAAGCGUCUACUGUAAAUCAAUUCAAAAGCAUUAUAAACUAAAGGUAUUAAUUUGUAAAGAUCUGUACUUACAAAUAUUUACAUAUGCACGUAUGCAAAUAUGUGCAAAUACUUAUGUUGCAAAUGUAGAUACUCUAGAAAAUCUGGGUAGUCACAGUAUGUCUGCUGUCUCUUGGAGUCUCAGAUUAAUCAGGAAAUAAAUAUAUUAGGAAACUUACUUCAUAA